UAGCCUCGCUCGCCGUCUGCUGGGAUCUGGUCGCGUCUGCGAAAUAAAAUCUUGGCGUAUUUCACGACACGUACGAAUUAGGAGGGCCAGCCAGCAGACGAUAGCCCUUGCAGGAAGGAUUUGGUGGUGCGUUGAAAUAGCCGUGUAAACAAACGGUUUGGCUUACAACUACUAUGCAUUGUAGUUGCGGCGUUGUUGUAGUGGUGUUGAGUGGUGCGUUACGUUACAACUGAUUCGCUUACCGGCAGGUAGAUCUCUCUUACAUGUAGGCCUUUGCGCUUUGGUGCUUUAAAAAAGCUGACAGAAGUGUUUUGACUCUCAGUACUGUGGUAGUGGUAGUUCUCGUUGGUGUAGUGGUGUUGAGUGGUGGAUUACUUUGCCAAGAACUUUGAUUCACGUUCACUCAGAUAGGUAGGUCGGCUUUGGUUCGGUGGUAAAAUAGCCGUGUUAUUAUGUUUUAGCACAAUAUCUUUAUAGAUCAAGUUGUGGUAGCGGUGUGACAAGAACUUCGAUUCGCUGACAGGAAGGGAGGGAGGAUUUUGGGGAAUAAGUCACUGCGUUCUAGCGAUAUAACAUAAUUAUCCUGUGGAAUACCUCAUUGUGGACUAUUGAUAUGAUGUCAUUAAUAUGUGGAGUAUCUCAUUGUGGACUAUGAUGUCAUUGAUAUGACGAGUGCGUCAACUUGGACUGUUGAUAUGACGUCUUAUGUGGAGCAUGUCGUGGUGGACUACUGAUAUGAUGACAUUACCAUGUGGAUUACGUUACUGAAGAGUACAGAAGGAGAGGAUAAAUUGCCUACAGGAGAAUGAAAUGAUGUGUAGAGAAUGGGACCGGAAUCACCAUCGACAGUAAAAGCAGCGGCCGCCAUCUUUGUCAUCGUUGCCAUGGUGUCGUCGUCAUGGCGACCUACUGUAGCGUCGUCGUCGUCAUCGUCGUCAUCAUGCCCUGCCCCCUGCCGCUGCACCACUCACUACUACGUGUACUGCCAGUCGGUGGGGUUGGAAGAUGCUAAUCUUUCGACAAUUCUCGAAGUGGUACCAGACGAUAUUCUUCUUCUAGAUCUCAGCGGAAACAAACUCAAGACAUUAUUGGCGAGGGUUUUCGACAAACUACGUCACUUGGAGUACCUCAGCCUGGCAGCCAAUCAGAUCCCUCGUUUGGGCGAUGACGUAUUCAGGGGGCUGACGAAGUUGGAAGAGCUCACUUUACACCGGAACGUCAUCGAAGAGGUCAGUUCAGGGUCUUUCAACGAUCUCAACAGUUUGAAGGAUCUUCACUUGGGCGGGAACCGUUUAGAAACUCUGCCAGUUCAAACGUUUGGGAAUUUGUCGUCGCUGGAAAAACUACAUCUGCAGAAGAAUCGACUCCACUCUUUGAGAUCUGGUUCGUUUCUCGGACUGUCUAAGGUGCACACUCUCAACCUCAGCCGCAAUGCGCUGAGCAGUCUGGAAGCCUACACUUUUAGCGGUCUCUCGUCUUUGACCAAACUGGACAUCAGCCGGAACAGUUUGUCCAACUUCUCGGAAGACGCUCUAAAGGGUUUAACCAGUGUGAGAGAGAUACUUCUACGGCGAAAUAAAAUAGCCAGCAUCGUUUUCUUGCAAGGGAACGAUUUUUAUUCUUCCUUGUCUUCUCUUGUUCUGUCCGAGAACCUUCUGGAAUCCAUUCCGUCCAAUGUAUUUCCCAGUUAUAAAAAACUUCGAUUGAUCGAUCUCAGCUCGAACGCAAUUCGGAGAAUCGGUGGGCGAACUUUUCAUCAUUUAUCUCUAGACACGCUGUAUUUGCAGAACAACAACAUUACUAUAAUCAACAGAGAGAUUUUCAACACUGCCAAAAGAAUCGCGAAUCUCGAUCUGACUCAAAACCGGAUAAGUGAUAUCAGAACCGGUUCCUUCGACAGUAUCAGGGAGACAAUGAUAUCCUUGGAGCUGGGCUACAAUAAAUUAACUUUCAUCCACCCUGGUAUGUUCCGUGGAAUGCGCAAGCUCAGGGUGCUCAGCCUGGGUUCGAAUCUCGUGUCUGCUCUAGAGCCGGGGUCAUUCGAUGAUUUGGUCACGUUGUCUGAACUUGACCUCUCUGCGAAUCAGUUCAAAGUUCUUCAUGCAGACUCGCUGAGAGGCCCCGAACGACUUCGAAAGUUGCGCCUGAUGUGCAAUCCGCUUAAGAGUUUGAUCGGAUUGAAAUUCGAAGACGUGAAGGAUCAGAUUGUCAUACAGAUGAACAGUUCAAUGGUCGAAUCCACAUCUCAUUCGGCAGUUAUUACUUGGCCGUACAAAACCGGUUCUCAACUCUACUGGACCGUUUCUACGACAUGCCUCUCUUCCCCACCACAAAGACCACACUGCGGGAAAGCGAUACACGAUUCGAACCUCGAACCUUACAAAACUCACACGACGGUACGUGGGUUGAGUGCGGGGAGCGAAUAUUUCGUAUGCGUUAACCCCGUGUUUCUAUCACCGGAUGUGCGUGUUUCGCAGUGCGUGCGUGUGCGCACCACGUCAUCAUCGGAAGUGCUCGCAACGUCUGCUCAAGGAGCUGUUUCAGAGGAAUCCGGCGACGGUAGCUCGGGCCAGCUCCACUCGGGUGUUUCCGUAAACGUUAUUCAAGACAGUGUUUCCCGUUUGACUACUGCCUUAUUUGGACUUCUGGUUUCAUUUGCAGCAUUUACAGUGACACUUUCCUGACAGCGGUGGAUCAGUUGUUGUUGAUGUUGAUGUUGAUGUUGUUACAGCUGCUGUGUGCUUGUGUGUAUAUAUAUAUAUGUG